AUGGUGGGCGCCGUCUCCAGGCGCUGCAGCCGGGCCCGGGCCGCCGUGGCCGCCGAGAGUUCACGCAGCGUCGGUUGGUUGACGAUCUUCGGUCGCAACUUCCGGCGCGGCUCGCCCCCACAGCCGUCGGCGGUGUGCGACGCGCAUUCGUCCAACGACGCCCACCGCCCUAUUGGGGAGGUAUUCGCCACCAUGCGGCUGCGCUCGACGCACAGGAACGCACCGCCGCCGCCGCCGAUGCCGCUGGCGCAGCGGGAAAGCGCCCUGGAAAAACAGAAGGUGCUGCUGCUGCUGCUGCUUCCGGCGGUGGCGCAUGCGACGACGACGACGACGACGCCGUGA